AUGGCCACAACUCUCACCGUCACAGAAGAACAUCAAGAUGCUAUCACCCUGCGCAGUAUCCGCGCUGCCGAUCGCGACGACGCAGACUUUUCCGUCGCUCGUCGACCUGAGGAUACUGCAGAUGUCCAGCAGGCAUCAAAGAAGCUUCACCCGGUCAUGCUCACCGCGCAGCUUGCGGGGGUGAACCUUCUGAGCUCUGUGAUCAACGGAUACAUCACAGUGGGCCUCCCCCGAAUCACCUCUGACCUGAAGGUCCCCGAGGAGCUCUUCUUCUGGCCGGCAUCCGUCUACGGGCUCACCAUUGCGUCUACCCUCCUGCUAGCGGGUUCUGUUGCCGAUAUCCUGGGGACUCGGACUGUAGACUUGGUGGGAUGCUUCGUCCUCGCGGCCAGUGUUCUGGCGAGUGGUUUUGUGCACACGGGCGUGCAGUUCAUCGUCCUCAGGGCCAUCCAGGGCGUCGCCAUGAGCUUGCACCUCUCGUCCUCGGUGGCUAUCGUGGCGGGUAACCUCCCGCAGGGCCGGGGCAGGAACAUUGCCUUCUCAUGUAUAGGUCUCAGCCAACCACUUGGGUUUUCUCUCGGCCUCGUUCUUGGUGGUAUCCUGGUCGACACCAUUGGCUGGCGCGCAGGCUGGUACAUCGAUGGGGGCGCGAUGCUGCUACUUUUCGCGAUUGGGCUGCGGGUGUUGCCCAAGAGCAAGCGGAGCCCGCAGCACAUCAUGACUCAACUGGCUACCAAGGUAGAUUGGGUCGGCGCGAUCAUCGCGUCGGCGUUCUUUGCCUGCCUGUCGUAUUUACUGGCGAUCAUAAGCACCGAUGUCGACAGGAUCCAUGACACUGAGACUAUCGUCAUCCUUGCUGUUGCUGUCGCAGCGCUACCAGCCUUCUUGUCCUGGGUUCAUUACCGCGUCAAGGUUGGGAAGAUAGCUCUGAUGCCAAACAAACUCUGGAAGAAUAUCUCGUUUACCACCGUAUGCUUGACAAUACUGAUAUCUUUCGGUCUCGAUGUACUGAUUAUGUCGCUUUCAUCCAGCUUCCAAGAAGUCCAGCAAUUGUCAGCCCUCCAAGCGUCCAUCAGGAUACUGCCAAGUCUGAUAGUGGGCGUCGCACUGAACUUUUCCACGGGCCUUGUCGUCGAUAAGAUCUCCGCGGUCUGGCUUGUUGUUGGCUCGUCGGUUUUAUGUGCCAUUGCGCCACUCCUAAUGGCUCUCGUUCAGCCGCAGUGGCCGUACUGGUACAACGCGUUCUUCGCCCAACUUCUGAUGCCAAUCAGCGGAGAUGUGCUGUUUACCGUUGGGCUCAUUGUCGUCUCGAAUGUCUUCCCGGAGGACACGCAAUCGUUGGCCGGGGCCGUGUUCAACACCGCUGCGCAGUUUGGCGGCUCACUCGGCCUGACUCUUAUGCAGGUUGUAUCGACACUGACUGCCAAGGGUGAGCAUGGCGCGGCUGGGUCUCCCGAAGAUCUCAUGGCUGGCUACCGAGCCACCUUCUGGACUAUGUUUGCGCUGAUGGUAUCCUGCGCUUUCGUGGGCACGUUCGGGUUGCGCCGAGCUGGCAAAGUGGGUGCUAAGCGCGAUUAAUCGUCCAAGAUGUGAAGAAGUAAUCGCCAUCAGUCUUAUAAUUCCUAAAGGAGCAACUUGCUUGCUUGUGCCCAUUAAUAGCGCUGAGUUUAGUAGAUAGUACCUGGGUAUGUACCUAUGCAUUUA